GGUCCAGUCCACAAAAUUAUACUUACUUACAUGAAGAUAAAUACAAAAUUCUUUUGAUCAAAUGUAAAAUGGCUAUUUCUAAUAAUAAUGCAGCAACCACCUAAUCUUAUACCUACUCCAUGGAUUGGAUUUGAUCAAUGGUUUUUUCUACUUGACAAUGAGUUACGAUGAUGAAAGGGUCUUUCCCUUUCACCAAAAACUUGAUAAUGAAAGGCCCUUGCCCUGAAAACCAAUUCUACCCUUAGUGACCCUAAGCUAAAGUGGAUGAGAUACAUUCAAUUCAAUGUAUUAAAUAGUAAUUAAAGUUGAAUCACGGACAGCCAUUCUUGACCAUGGAACCUGAAACCUCCAACUCGGUUAAUGAUGCAAGAGCAGAAGGGUUGACCAAAUAUAUCUAUACUCAAUAGAAUUCCCAUUCAGAAGAAAUACAGAAAGUAGACAAGAAGAUGGGACUUGGCUGCAACGUCGAUGGGGUCCUGAAUGAAGCCAAGUUCAGCGAACCACUGCCAUGGAUUGGCAUCUACAUCGCAGCAGCAUCUCUUGCCUGUGCAAUUGCUAUGGCUGCAGAUGCUAUCCAUGGAUUCCGCCAUUGGAAACUCUGGUUCCCUUGCAGAUUCUUCACCAUAAAUGCCACAUCCUUGACAAUAGUAACCGUUGCUAUCAAACUAUCAGUUGAUUUGAACACUCCUAUGCCUCGUGGCCAAGAUCAGCUUGCAAAACUCAGCAGCACCGCCUUGAUCUGUACAGUAAUGGGUAACUCUAAGCCUUCUCUAGGAACCAUGGAAAAUAAUGAAAUAUUUACCAACAUUAUAGCUCUGGGAAUACUUGUUAUUACUGUUAUCGUCAAUAUCUGCAUCCAACUAGGUACUGGUGUAAUCUAUGUAUUCUGGAUGGAGCAUGCUAUCAUCAUGUUUCUCAUGCUUGUUUUACUAGUUGUCUUAAGUUUUUCAUCUUUGACUGUUCCAACUAUUAAGCAUUAUUUAGAACUUAAAUACAAGAAGAAAUAUGAAAUGACUCAGAAAGAAUGCUUAAAGUCAAAUGAAACUGACAAGACAGUAGAAGAGAAACUGAAAGAAGCUCUAAUGAAAUAUUGGAUGAUGGCCCAUACAUCCAGCCCCCAGUUUGUUAUCGGCAGAUCAGUCACAUGCACUGCCUCAGGUGCUUUAUGUCUGUUGAGUGCUGCAACUUUAGCAGAAGCUAUGCUUCGAUUUUAUCUGAUGCCUAGGUCAUUUGAAUUCUGCAAGGGGGAAUCUGAUUAUAAGUGGUCAAUCAAGUUAGUUCUUCUUACACAGACUGUAGCAGUUGGAGUGGGCACAAUUGCCCCUGCAAUGAGAUGGUUUCUUGCUAUUAAUUUCAGGUGUCCAACAAGAGGUAGGGAAAAAGGCUGUCGCAGAGAUUACAAACUAGAAAGAUACUGGAUUAAGAGAUUAGUGGAGAUGAAACAGUGCCCAUUGAAUAUACCAAUACAAAGUCGACGCUGCAGGAGAAUUGCCCAUGAUGCAAAAAUCAAAUUUCUGAACUUGUGUAUUGGAAUCCAGGCUGGAAUCGUAUUCAUGAGCAAAGUAAUUCGUCUCAUCUCCAUUUACUUUAUGAGCGUGAUUUUGUUUUGCUAUGACCACUGUAAAGACUAUCUGAUGAAAUUCACACCCGAAAACAGCACUACAAAUGACUCAGGUUCAGAGUCGCUCCAUAGCUCAAAGCUGGAUCUCGGCCGUUAUGUUUUGCAUCUUGAAGGUGAAGAUUCAUUGGUUGAUGUAAUGAUGAAGGAGAACCGAGAUGCUACUGAUUACUGGACGCAGAAAGCCAAGAAGACGCAACCAAAACAUCUCAUAAAACUGUUGGAACUAUCAAGGCCUUCCGAAGGAUUCAAGGGGCUUACGGAGUUUGACAGUUUCAAAGUGCCUUCUCUAGAUACUGAAGAAGCUCCAAAUUGUUGGGCUCUUCCUGUGGUGACACUGACAAGCAUUGCAAUUGCACUUCCAAACAUCAAUAGUUGCUCAAUCAAACAUCUAAUGGCUGGAGUAAAUGAAGGUUUGAUGUAUGUCAGACACGUCGAGGAUAUGCAAGGGAAUUUGAUAAAUGUUAGGAAUGCUGCAGAAGUCGUAUGGCUAGGAGUUGAGCUGUAUCACAGGUGGCUAGAUGUGGACCUUCGUAAACUGUCUCUCCAAGGAAAAAGUCCAAAGGAAAUACUCGAAGUACUUUCUGAUUCAGCAAAGAACAUAUUCAUGGAAUUUAAGAAGAGUAACGUGAAUCUGUGUCUGAUAGAUAGCCCAUUAAAGUGGCCGAUGAAGGUUUUGGCAGCUAAUUCCAUGUACAGAAUAAGCCAAUCCAUUUUGCUAGACUAUGAAAGCAGAAAAUAUGAGAUGAACGAAAGAUUAUUUGAAGCCAUUACUGUCAUGAUUUCUGAUAUUUUGGCUGCUUGCCUCACUAAUCUACAAAGGUUCAUUUCAGUCAAGUGCUCGACCAGCUCCAUUGAAGAGAGGGAAGAAAGUGUGCGAUUCGCAGCUUAUGUUCUGGGGAAAACUGAAAAGAUUCUGAAACUCCUUCAUAAAAAAUCACUUCCCGGCUUGAAUCCGGAUCAAAUGGCACUCAUGGACGAGUGGCGGUCAUUGCACAGGUUGAACAGCUCAGAGGGUGACACUCCAUCUUCACCAGAAAGUGAGUCAGCUUCUCGCAAUCCUAGUGAGGUAUACCUAACCAUUGACUAAGUUUCGGCAAACAUGAAUGUUGACAAACCAGACGCAGCAUUUACAUCUUGUUUAAUGUCAGUAUGAUGUAGAAUAGUCUCUAUAUUUGUCUAUGGCUUGUCUCAUUGUACAAUACAAUUUUGUAACCAAUAAGAGGAAACCUUUUUCCUUAAAAGGGAACUCAAGUUCUCUUCUAUAUGUUGCAUGAAAACUCGGUUGCGGGUCAGAGCAGAGAAUAUGUUAGUAUUAUUUUUUUUAAAUGGAACCAGGGUUUAUACGGCAAUGUAAUUUGAAACUUAUCAAAUGGGCAACAACUAAUUGUCUAAUUCCCCAAUUGUCCAUUAACCAAAGACCAUUCAACAACGUAGAAUGCAGAACGCAUCACCGCAAAUCGGCUCAAUCAGACAAUUCUAUAAAGAAAAGGGGAAAAACAAUUAGGGUUGGAAGCUGGAACCUAAUAUUUGAGACCUAGAAACAGAGAAAAAAAUGGCGAUGUAGAUCAAUCAUCAUCGUCUCUCUUAUUGGGCUUUCGAUACGUUUCUUCAAAGCGCUUGGCUAUCAGGAUUCCAGUUCAAGGUAGAGUUUUGAUGGUUGGGACAUCGUAGUUUUGAUCCAAGUAAACCCAACGAGAAACUUUUCUUGAUC